ACAUCGAAUAAAAUACAUAAAAUAGAAUAAAAUUAAAAUAAAUAUAGAAAUGUCGAAGAGCACUGAUAAAUUUCGAGUUAUAGGCAACAAAAGAAUCUGUCAUAAGGAACUAAACCUCGGGAGGGGAGGGGGACACGUUCGAUACUUGCAUUUCUUAAUGUUCACACAAUCACGACAAUCCGAAAUGUCAGGAAGAAAAGGAUAGAAUUAAGAAUGAACGACGAGAUCAAAGAGAAAGCUAGGUAAUCCGUCGUAUCCGCGAUUCAAAAAACGCGCGUCGCGUAUCGCGAACAAGCUGCGGCUUGAUUUCGCGCGGCGGGAAAGGCCCUCUUGUUCUUUCUCAUCUUUAAUUGAGAUCUCUCGCUUCCGCGAUGAGCGCGAUUGGUCGGCCGGUAGCGCCGUGCGACCCACUUCGGCAUGCCGAUAGGCCGUCGUGGCGCGCGCGGUGAGAUAGAGUGAGACAGCACAUUCCUCUCUCUCUCUCGGGCUGCUCCUCGGUAAUGAAAAAAAAACAUCUCCUCACAGAACGUCGGCAACGAUCGCCGGGAGCAGUUGUGCGAUUUUGUCUUCGCGAGGUGGCAGCGUUAAUUAUCAAAAAGCCGAGACAGAGAGAAUAUAAAGAGGAUACAGAGUGCGACAGACGAGCGUUCCACAGCCGUGGGCAAAAGAGAAGUUUGAGAGUGUGACGGGGAGAGAUAGACAGAGUUUGAGAGUGUGACGGGGAGAGAUAGACAGAGUUUGAGAGUGUGACGGGGAGAGAUAGACAGAGUUUGAAAGAGAGAGAGAGAGAGAGAGGGAGAAGAAAGAUUGUGAUCACGCUCGACUUGUCGCCCAACAUACGAACGAGCGGGAUCUCGGCCGCGCGGGAGGAGGAAGAGGCGGCGGCAGAAUACAUUUGUACAGAGUGACUUUGAUUGCAUCAUACACAAACGAAAGAAACCAAGCAAUAUAGCGUAAUAUUGUGGGUAAUGGAGGAUCGGAUAGUAUCAAUAUUUAUAGUAUUCAAGCAAUUAACUUCACCCAAGAUAAGACUGGAAUCCAAACUAGGAGAUAUUGCGAAAGAAAGUGGUAAAAUGGAUCAGAACGAAAUUGUGAAAAUUUUGCGGUCAUGCCUGAUAUCAUGCAAAGGUGGUGUAAAGUUGGACAAUUUAAAGGCGGACUAUCACAUGAUCACGGGAGAAUCGUUACCCUACAGAAACUUUGGGUUCUCGUCGAUCGAAGCCUUCAUACGUAAUAUAUCUGAUAUUACGGUGACCAGUAGGAAUGGAGAGUUGUAUGUUGACGCAGUACCUUCCAGGACAACUGCUCACCUUACGAAAUUAAUUUCUCACCAAGUCCAGCGGCGAAAAACACGACGAAAACCACAAGCCAAAAAAUGGAGUCCUCAUCGAUACACACCUAGAGGCUACUUACCAGGUUUUAAAAAUUACACACCUCAGCCUGCAAAAUAUACUAAUCCAAAUCCUCCGCAGCCAUUCACUAGAUCAACACCGGGAAAGAGUAAUUUGUACACGGACUUUAGCAGACCUACGCCACUAAUGGAAAACAUAGUACAAUGCCCGUUUCCAUUGCCGCGCAAUAACGAGAAACCAAGAUUCGCUCUGGACACGCCACAGGUUUCACCGAGCAAAAGACUGAGAGACAAAGCGAAUCCUAACGUACCAUCUUGGACGUCGCAUCAAAGCUUUAAUAAACCUAAGACCUUUGACGAAGGACCGGGGACCGAGAUAUCAAGCCCGAAAGCAGUGCCGCAGCAGCAGCCUGUGAUAAGUUCAAAACCAAAGACUGGAGAACAAAAACCCUCGAAACUAAGCGAUAGGCUCAAAAUCACUUUUCCAUUGCCAACAAAUAAUAACGGACAUGCCUAUACGCCCGUUAUUCCACCCAGCGUUCCACAGGUUCCACAGUUCGUACAUCUUCAGCGUGGUACUUGUCCCGUCAACGAUCCGCGGAAAGAACUGAUAGCUCGCGCCAAUGCGUUGGAUCUACAGUUGCCGAUGUACAAGAUGUACACGAAAAAGGAAAGGUCCAAUCCAACGAAGAUCACGAUUUACGCCAGCGUCAAAGUCGGAGCCCAUACAUUCCAUACCUUCCCGGAAGACGCGAGAUCCGAGGAAGAGGCUGAGAAGAUCGCGGCACGUUUGGCGCUGACUAACCUGGCCAAGGAGUCGUCGAGUCCCGAAGUGACCACCGUGGACGUGAAAUUAGUGAAAGAACGCAUACUAAUGAUCAUAACCAGACACCAUAGCGGCGUCUUCAUGCAUCAGUUGCCGGCGUACUACAAUGAACAGUAUGGGGAAGCUUUGCCAUCCGAUUGGCAGAGGAUAAUCGAGGAGUGCGCGGAUAUCAACAAGGAGAAAGGCGUCGGCAAUUCGACGAUACUCUGUCGGUCCGACCCAACCGCGAAGCGACCGGAAGUUUACUCACCGUCUCAUGAGGCGCAUCAUGAGAUUAGCUCUAUAUCCAGCGAGAAGAUACGGUUGAGCCCGAUCGGACCCGUCGCGCCGGAUAAACUAAAGAUACCCGAAGCUACCCUCUGGAACGUAUACCCAACAUGCGUCAUAAGCACCGUCGAAGUAUGGGUCCGGCUUGUCGACGAUGACUACAACGAUAAUUUCAUCGACAUGACCAACGAAAUGGCGGAGUAUUACCGUCAGAUGAAGGAAUCCGUCCCGACGUCGACGUGUGCCAUCGGUGAUUUCUACGCGAUCUUUGAAGAUGAGGACUGGCACAGGGUACAAUGCAUAGACUUCGAACCGAAUGACGGGCUUGCUACGGUACAUUUCAUCGACGAGGGCUACGAAGAUCAGUAUAAAUGCGACGUACUACUGCCCUUGGACAAGAAAUUCUGCGUUCUCCCGGCUCAGGCGGUCCGUGUGGCUCUUCAAGGGUUAGAGGAACUGCGCGAUUACAGCCAACAAACUAUCGCGGAGAUCGAGAACCAGCUUAUGGAGCGAGUGUUUUGCGUAAAAGUACACAGCAUAGCCGCCGAUGAGGAAGGCACAUAUGCGGUGGUGUCAUUUUUUGACACCAGCGGCGAAGAUGACAUCGAUGUGAACAAUAUCCUAUUUGAAAAGAUUAUGGACAAUAUUGCCGCUACGUCCAAAUCGAAUGCAGGACAGUUCGUCGAAUUGUACGUCACCAACAUCGAUGAACACGGGAAAGUUUACGCGCAGCUCAACUCCGUAGCUAGAACGUGUCUGCUGAAUCUCAUGAACAACGAGAUGAUGGCGCAGAUACCUAGGAACGUCCUAAUGAGCUCUGCUGUGAGGGCGAUCGACUUCACGAAGAUGUACUUCGUGCAGUUGGACUCGCAAUGGUACCGGGCUAGAGUAACGGACGUUCAAAACGAGUCUUUGAUCACGGUAUUCCUGGUCGACCUGGGUCGGACAGUCACAGCGUUGCGAGCAAAUUUGCUGCAUAUGGAUAAAAUCUCGAAAGUUCUGCAGAGCAUUCCGCCACAGGCGACGCAGGUAUUCCUGCAUAAUAUAGACCAAUCGAUGUACGGCGAGAGGUUCGUGGUAAGAUUCAACGAACUAGUCUCGGACACCGAUUUGCUGAUCGCAAAGGUCGUCCGAGUGACCACAUCCGGCGUUCCGGUGGUGCAAAUUUUUAAGAGGGUCCAGCCGAGCAACAUGUUAGCUUCCAUCAACGAAUCGUUGAUUCAUGAUGAGGAAUUGACAAAGUCUAAUGAAGACGGCAAUAACAAUAUCAAGCCCAAGAAGCGGUUAGAACGCAAGAACUCGCGAAUCCUGGAGUCGGGUAAAUUGAAUCCGCCCAUGAUUUCGGACAUCGGUCAAUACUUCGACGUUCACGUCUCGUUGGCCGCGCAUCCUGGGCAUUUCAUUGUUCAACCUCUGGAUAGUAUGGGCAGCAUGAAGACAAUGAUGAGAGAGCUGCAGAAAUGCUGCGACGCGUACGAAGGGCCGGAGUUGGAAUCCGUCGGCGAAGGAAAGCUGUACGCAGGGAAAUGCAUGGACAAUUAUUGGUACAGAGUAUACGUUACAAAUAUUAUUAACGACAACAUGAUAUCUGUGUACUUUUGUGACUUCGGGGACGUAACGAUAGUGCAGCGGAGCAGGUUACAACCUUUGAAGAGCGAGUUCCUAGAACUGCCUUAUCAAGCUGUCAAGGCAAAACUCGUCGGAAUACAACCGAUGAACACUGACUGGACCGUCGAGGAUUGCGUGAGAUUCCGUGAUCUGGUACUCUGCAAAAACUUUGUCUCCAUAGUGGUCGAAUCUAUGUUCGACCACUUGUCGCCGGUUAACGGUACUGUGCUAGGACUAAGAUUGAUCGACGUUAGCACCGAUAAAGACAUAUUUAUCGACAAGAUGUUAGUCGAAGAAAAUCGUGCCAAGUGUAUCGAAGGGGAAAGUAUUCCUCUUAGCUAGCUCGUUAUGAUGAUUGAGGAUAGACUGAAGUGUCUAUUUUCGUAAUAGUACGUUACCCUUUUAUAACGACACGGUGCUGCACGCUGCGCACGCACAUUAUAAAAGGGUAACGCGUAAACAUAUUAUAGACUGCAAUUUGUAUUUGUUGUAUCCGAGGAUUAGUUUCAUCCUCUCAUCCCCUUUUUUUGUUAAUAACACAAACCACGGACAACAUUUUGAUAGUGAAGAAGCAUAGGUGAGGUUUAUUUAUCAAGAAAACGCUUAUAUUUUAUUCUUCUGUAAAGACUUCGGUCUGCGAUUAUAUCCAUACAUCGUUCUGUUGUCGGUUCACUCAAGACAUUUGCUGUUGAAGUUGUAAAGUGUGUAGUUUAUUUACAAAAAUGUCAAGUUUUAUUAAAACGUCUUGUUGUAUUUUUGAUAACACUAUUAGCUCAUAAUAAGUAAGUAUUCCUAUCAGUGUUACAUUAUUAUACUUAUCUUUUUUUUUAGUUCCUCCGUUUCCUUUUUUGUUCACUAUUUGAAGAAAGCAGUAUAUGGUUGUCAGACAAAAGACAAAAGAUAUUGGCUGUGUGUAAUACUAUGCAUAUGUUAUUCAUUAACAGCACAUUCCAUGUUUAAAUAAAUAUAUAUACAUAUACAUACAUACAUACAUACAUACAUAUCUGUUUUAUAUUAUAUAUACAAAUAUAUCACAUCAUACACACACACAUACACACAAAUAGAUUUGCUUAUAUGAAUCAGUCAAUACGAGAAACUUGUAUAUGCAUGUAUAACAAAUGCAACAUGUUUGCAGGGGACGUGUUUUUCAGUCCCACCUCGUCCAUUCUAACAAUAAUGAGAGAAAAGGAGAAUAUAGAGAUAUCGAAGUUAAUCUUACUGUUCAACCUUAUAUUCUUACCUUACAUUUUAUUACAACUUAUAUUGUUAUACAUUCAUUUUAUCACAACUUAUAUAUUUUUUAUUUAUAAAUAAGUCGCUUCUCAUACACACGAGUGAUUUCCCGCAAAAGCGAACGAACCAAACUUACAUUUUGCACAGCACAUUUGUAUUUUAUACAUCGCAACGUUACCUACUUCCUAAUUAUAACGAAAGUUCCGCCCUACUGCAUACUUUUGCACGAUGUCUCCGAUCCAUUUGUUUCACCAGUCGUGUCAGUUGCAUCUCAGAGAUGCCGCGGACGAUCGCAGUUUGGACGUGUCAAAUGCGCGACACAAUCAACGAGUUUAACAUCGGACGAAGCGUCGAAAUAGUUGGUACAAUUUCUGAGUGAUGCCAUAUAAUCAGGUAGCACAUCAUCAAGUACUAUUUUUUUUCUGGUUCUUCAUAAAUCAAGUUAUGAUUUUUUAAAUUGAGAAUCUAACGAUUACAUUUGCCAAAGUUUUGUUCAAUCGAUUCUAGACUGCAAAUUAUGAAAUAUUUAUUACUCAGGAUGUUAUUUAUAAAAAUGUGGCGAUACUGCAUAAUGGGUUGAAGAGAAACAAGAGUAGUAAUAUGACUUCCAACUAAAAUAGAUUAAAUUUUUUUUUAAUAACAGUUUUGUUACAAAAUUAGAUAUGUGUUCAAAAUAAAUUCUGAGGAGAAAUAACAAUGAAUGUAAUCGUGAAUUUUUAAUGUAGGUACUGAGUUGUCAGAAGCUACUAUAUAUAUAUAUAUAUAUUUUUUUUUUUUUACUGGCUACAUUAGUUCGAGAAA